AUGUCGUUCAACAAGUUCAACACCUUGAUGAAGCGUACCCUCGCCAUCAACGCCGCAGUCGCCGACCCUGCCGCUGCGCCCGCCUCGCCAGUGUCACCCGAGUCCGCAGGCACUGUAGCGCAUCCAGAAUACCGUCUCAGUCAUACCCAUCCUCGAGCAGUACACGCAGUAUUCGACAAUCUACACGCUACCAUCGAUGCACUACGUGUGCAGCUCGAUCACCAGCAAGACAUGCAUAACAAUCAGGUUGCGGAACUGGUCAAGGACAACAACGACCUUCGAGAGGAACUGAGCGGAAAGACGAGUUUGAUUCGAGUACUUCAGGAAGAAGUUAGGCAUUGGCAGGAUGUCAUUGAUGUUGUGAGAAGAGAAGCAAAGGGCGAGAAGACUACCCCGCUUGACAAGUUGAAGAAUCUCUUCCGCAAGGGUGGCGACUAAAGCAGCUACUGUAACAUCAGUGGACCAAGAAUCAACACAAUUACCUGGGUUUUGAUAACCGUAACGGACUGCAUGGUGGAACACACGAAGUGCAUUUCGUACAAUGGGUUUCUCGGGAUGAGACGGUUUGAAGUUACGAGAUAGCAAGCCACCAGGAUCGAUGAAACUUU